AUGUCGGGGAAGAUGUGCAGCAGCAGCGUCAUUCAGGCACAAAAACUGGUGGAUCAGCUUCGGGUGGAGGCGAGCAUGGAGAGGUUCAAGAUUUCGCUCACAGCAGCAGAUCUGGUCCAGUACUGUCAGGAGCACCGGCGCAGCGACCCUCUGCUCACCGGCAUCGCCGCCUCGUCCAACCCUUUCAAAGACAAGAAGACCUGCGUGCUGCUGUGA